AUGUUCUCGAAUGGAGAAUGGCAGCCUCCAAAUGAACGACGGGUACCGGAAACUGAGAUUGAGACAGACGAUAUUCAUAGCAUGUUAUCUGUCUCUGCUUUGGGAAAACCGAGCAGGAUGUCUUUCAUUUCGGCCUCCAAUCGUCACCAAAAUUACGGGGAAGAUGCUCCUAAGCUAGCACGACAACUCUCAACUGGUCCUCCACCCAGUUAUGCAUCUUCAAUCAAUUCGGUAGUAGCUCGUUCGACAAUACCUACGACCGAAAUUUGGGCACUGUCAUCUGCUUCAGGAUCUCGGACGCCACCCAAUUUCAAACCAGAGACCAGUACGUCCAUUCAACAGUCGGAUAUAGAGGAAAGAGAGGCUGGGCGACCAGUUCAAAUACCUCAAUCCUCCGACCAAUUUGACAUUUACAGUAUUGAUCCUCCACCAAUUGAAUUGCAUGGUAGGCACUUGAGAAAUGGACGUGGUCAAUGGCGUGGAUCUCGGUACACAUGUUACUGUGGGAAGGAGUUCCCUGGAAUUUUGCGAUCUAUCGAACGCCAUCAAGAGUCUUGUCCAGAGGCUUUUUACCUGCUGCGUCCGACUAAAUGGUUCAAAUGCGAAUUCCCUCAAUGUAGCAAGAGUUAUGCCGGUCUAGAUAAUUUGCUCGUGAGUUAAUAUAAACAGAUCCUCGUCUAUUGAAUUGUCGAAAAGGGAUAUACUAAAAGACUGGCAGGUCCACAAAGGGAGUCAGGGGCAUAUGACAGGUCUUGUGGAACUUGAUAGUAAGGACAUGAAUUAUGACGACAGAAGCAGCAUAUAUGCCCCCGAUAAUACUCUAGAGCCUUUAAACAACUUCGCAGCGUCUGAGAUGUUUAAAUGCGAUUUUCCUAAGUGUGGCAACAGUUACACCCGUCCUGACAGCUUACUCGUAAGUCAUCAUAAGCAAUAUCCAGUUCUAUCUCUACUAUCCCUGACGGGAGAUAAGACACUCAUGUAUCGACAGGCACACAAACGAAUCAAGAAGCACGAUAGUGUAGUUACUUCUGACCUUGAAAAUAUCUCUACUAGUCCAAAGGAGAAGAUUCACGACAGAGCAAACGGUUUAUAUGCAGCUGGUGAUAUUCCCCCUUACUCAAACCGUCCUAUGGCUACGGAGAACAAUAUGAGUAAUUUGUGGAGGAGGAGCGCACGUAGUACCAUGUUACUUUAUUCAACGCAGAGUAUUUUCUCACAGGCAUCUGCGAUCGCUACCUCUGAUGCUUCAUCAAUCCCGCAAACCCCAGAAAACUUGAUAGAACGAUUGGUUUCAUUACUUCUUAACGAUGCAAUCAUUCAUUCACUGUGCUCGAAAGCACUCGAAAGUAUCGUUCGAGAACGGUUCGAGAGAAACUUAAAGAAAUUACUGAAGAACUUUGCUAUAAGUCUGCGCCGAGAAGCAGAGUCCGAGGAUCAGCGUAAUACCGCUCGCUUCGUAUUACACAGAGCAACAAAUUCUGCGCAUCUGAUUUGCAAUCAACUCAAACAAUCUCGUGAGGCUAAGAAGCUUUUCGUAGAGGAAGAGGGCGGACAGGCUGAAGAAUUUACGGAAGACAGCCACUCAGAUGAUUCAGAGACUUUUGAUACGCUCCAAUAUCUGGACGAUUUCAUCAGAGAAUCGCGAGCAAUCGAUGCCUUGCGAAACGAUUUGAGAGAUUUUGUGGAACAAAACGCUCCCGAAGUAGCCUCCAAUCAUAAGAGACCACCUUUUGCUGCCGAUCCGAACCCAAAUACGACACAGGAUGAAGCAGAGUUGAAGGAGGUUGAUCUUUCGUUAAAAGAAGUGCGAAAGGGGUUUUAUAUCGAGAAGUAUCACACAGUGGUCAACAAGGGAGUUUCAGUGUGGCGAAUAUUAGCUCAUUUUACGGUCGAAACUACUGUCUGGACAUGGGGAGUUGCUUCUCUCAACUUCCCCUUUCAAUGUCUCCAGGACUUUCUAUCCGAGGGCUCGCAAACGAUCUCCCUCAAGUUAAAGCUUGCAAGACCACCUUUUGAACCUGGUAAAAAGAGAAUAGAAUGGCGUUGCGUAAGGCUCUCCUUCCUCGGAAUUGACAGUCACUAACAGAUAGUAGAAAUGUGGACAUUUGCUUUACGAUGAUUUUAUUGAAAUGAGCCCCGGCGCUGCUGAAAGGUUUCGACGCCAGAAAACAAUUCAAAAUACCCAGCCAAGUUCCAGCUCUUCAAGGACAAAUAGCACUGUAGGUAUAUUUUCAUGGAUGUCUGCAACCAUACGGCCAAUUAUGAGCCCGGCAAAGCAGAAUCCCGGCUUAACUCUUCCACUGCAUGAAAGAGGUCACACUUCUCCAAACACCGGCAACGUGGGUACAUCAAAUCAGCAACCUAGUCCCCCUAUCGCUUUGUUAUAUUUACUCCUCUGCUAUAAUGAAGGGCGCUACGCCACAUGCCUGCUACAGAUUGACCUCACAAGUAAAGGAGCCGAAUGCGAUAAAUCUCUCUUCAGACUUCUUCGAUCCAUUUACCAUGACAUGAGGGGAAAGAUUAUCUCUCGAUUGUCGCUCCGCAAUCUUCAAAGUAUCAAAUUUGUCUCAUUCGAACUGUUUGGGAAGGAACUCGUCAACCUACGGAAACAAGACGACAUACCUCCUCCUGAUCACACAGAAUAUCAUUAUCAACCCGCACCACCAGAGUUGAUACCUCCCGUGGGCGAAAACUGUUUUAUGCAUUUGUUUGAGCACCCUGAGGAAGGUGAAAAUGUAUCAUUCUGCCUGGACCGGUUCCCAAAGAAAUUGCAUGAGAAGCUAUUGUGUCGAGGCGGAGGGACUAAUGCAGGAUGGGGGUUACAAUUUGUGGAAGGCUGGAAUAUGAGGAAGGUUUUUGGCUCCGUGUUCUUCCUUUUCGAAAUUGGGAGUCUGCUGAUUGCUAUUCUAUAUACUGUGUACGAGCAUAGUAUUCAAGAUGCUUUUUCCAUGGCGAGCUAUAUGAUGGCGAUGGCUACAAUGGGUAUAGGUACCUUACAGGCUUUUAUUAACAGCUGA